GCAGGGGUGGAUAUUUCUGAGAGCACCCUCAUCCGGAUCAACAUUCCAACAUGGCAAGCCGAAAAGGUUCACAUCAGAGCCGGGGAAAUGGUGAUAAAUAUUCGGUGUUGUUGCCAACUUACAAUGAACGUGAGAAUCUACCUCUUAUUGUGUGGCUACUGGUGAAAUAUUUCGGUGAAAGUGGAUACAACUAUGAGAUUAUUGUAAUUGAUGAUGGAAGUCCGGAUGGGACACUUGAAGUGGCAGAACAACUGCAGAAGAUAUACGGAGAGGACAAGAUACUCCUUCGACCUAGAGCAAAGAAACUAGGUUUAGGUACUGCCUACAUCCAUGGCAUUAAACAUGCUACUGGGAACUAUGUUUUCAUAAUGGACGCAGACCUCUCCCAUCAUCCUAAAUUCAUUCCAGAAUUCAUAGAGAAACAGAGAGAAGGCGGGUAUGAUCUAGUGUCAGGCACCCGGUACAGAGGAGACGGUGGCGUAUACGGUUGGGACCUGCGCAGGAAGCUCAUCAGUCGGGGAGCUAACUAUGUCACACAGGUGCUGCUGAGACCUGGGGCAUCAGACCUGACUGGCAGCUUCAGGCUCUACAAGAAGGAAGUACUGGAGAGUCUGGUGGAGCGGUGUGUGUCCAAAGGCUACGUCUUUCAGAUGGAGAUGAUUGUCCGUGCUAGACAGGGGAACUACACUGUUGGAGAGGUUCCGAUUUCGUUUGUGGAUCGUGUUUAUGGGGAGUCAAAACUGGGAGGAAAUGAAAUAGUAUCGUUCCUGAAAGGACUGCUUACUCUCUUUGCGACAACAUGAUUUAUGAAGCUCUAGAGUCUAGAUGUAUCUCCAAACCAGUGGAGGCUGUUGAGGGGAGGACGGCGUACAGUAAUGGCUGGAACGGAGCAAAUGGAAUGUGUUUUGAUGUAUUUAAUACCAUUCCUCCUAUUACGCUCCAGAGAUGACCACGAGCCCAUCCUCCCUGGUUAAGGGAGUCACAGUCACAAGAUCCUUAUGUAUACUUAUAGAUGAACUUAUUUUCACAUUUUUCUAAGAUUUGUAUUCAGCCAAACCUGAGAGACCUGUGAUUGUUGUAAAAAAAAUAAAUCAAUGGUAAUAAAUAGUUGACCUUAUUUCCUAUUA